AUGAGCUCCCGGCAAGAGACCGGCGGCGGCGGCGGUGGCGGCAGCAGGCAGCUCGCGACGGCGUUGUUGGCCUUGGUGGCCCUGAACGCCUGCUUUGACGUCGGCGCCGGCUUCUCCAGCGGCAUCCCGUGCCCCGUCGACCUCUUCUCAUGCCUGGGCGACGACGAGUGCAGCUCCUGCCUGGACGCCCUCCAGGAGAACGACCUCCCGAUCCUCGGGGGCGAUUUCGAGCUGUGCGGCGACCUGUACGCCGGCGUGUGCGCCGCCGCCGAGGCAGUCGGCUGCAACACCGACAACGAGGACCUGGUCGAGUUCCUGACCUGCGUGGCCGACGACUCGUACGGGUGCGGGGACUUCACCACCUGCGCGGACUUCCCCGCGGAGGAGGAAACACCGCCGCCAACCGCUCCCCCGUCCCCGGUUGUCGCCGCCGCCACGACGACCGCGCCCGGGACUGUCGCGCCCAGCGGCGGCGGCGGCGCGACGACCGCUGCCCCCACGGCGGUUGCCGUUCCUACACCCACACCCUCUUCUUUCCCGUUCCCAGAGACCGCCGCGCCUACCGCUGCCGUGGCCGCUGCUACAAGCGCUCCAUCUUCUGGCUCCCGCGGCGGCCAGCUGUUCUCGCCGACGGCCGCACCCACCGGCGGCGGCAACGGGAAGGGUCUUGACACCGCCUAUCCGACAUCGGCCUCGGUGUUCGAGGGCUUCAUGGACACGCUGGCUCCGUCCGCCGCGCCGACCGGGCCCGACGGCGGUCUCUGGGGGGGAGCCGUGUUCUCGGGCACGCCUACCGCGGCUCCGACGGUCGGGUUCGAGGACGCACUUGACGGCGUUAGCGCCGGCAGCGCCUUGGCUGUGGCUACCCCCGUCAUCGUCGUCGCCGCCGCCGCCGUGGUCUUCUUCGCGGCGACUGCUCUCCUCGCCGACUUCUCGCCGUAUACCCUGGCCGCUUGA